AUGACUCUCAUCAGGCUCGGCACCGCAUCCCCGGCCACCCAGCCCACCAAGGCAGCCACCCUCGCUGCCAUUGCUGCCAUCGCCUCGCGUGCCGCUGCCCAGCGCAUCGACAUUCUCCUGCUGCCCGAGGCCUACAUUGGCGGAUACCCUCGCGGUACCAAUUUCGGCGCUAGAAUCGGCAGUAGAACCGAAGACGGUAGAGAGGAAUAUGCACGAUACUUUGAUGCCGCUGCCGAUCUCGGCGACACUGUUGGCGAGGGCAGUGCCGGCGCCGGAACCAAAUGGCUCAAGAGGCAGCUUGGCGAGGAGGACGAGGUCCGCGGAGACGGCACAAGAGAAGAGCUCGAGCGAAUUGCCAGCGAGAGUGGCGUCUUUAUUGUCACUGGCCUGGUCGAAAAGGCAGGCGGAACGCUAUACUGCUCCGUCGUCUACGUUUGCCCCAAGCAGGGCAUGCUAGGUAAACGCCGCAAGGUGAUGCCCACUGGUACAGAGCGCCUCUGCUGGGGCCAAGGCUCGCCUGCCACCCUUAAGGCUGUCAGCACCACCAUCCGCGGCGUCCGCAUCAAUCUCGCCGCCGCCAUCUGCUGGGAAAACUACAUGCCACUACUCCGCCAGACGCUCUAUUCGCAAAACAUCAACUUGUACCUUGCACCGACAGCAGAUGCCCGCGACGCCUGGCUGAGCCUAAUGCGCACCGUGGGCUGCGAGGGCCGUUGCUUCGUAGUAAGCAGCAACAUGGCAGUAAAGGGCAAGUCAAGCAGCAGCGAUAUAACCGAGAGAGCUGUUCCUGUUCCGCGACGAAGAAACUCUCUGAUGACAGAGGAUGGCUUUGAAAUUGCGCUGCCUUGUGCUAAGCCUGCAGCUAAGUCGCCUACCUUGGUCGCGCGACGCAACUCCAUCAUUGACGAGAAUGGCAACGAAAUCGUCCUCUGUAAGUCGGCUGCUCCUGUGCCGCAGGUGAACGGUACGUCUUCAGCACCGCAGACGAAAUCAAAUGACUGGGUAUGCCGCGGCGGAUCCUCCAUCGUAUCGCCUCUGGGAGACGUGCUUGCUGGUCCUCAGUGGGAGGACGACGAGGGCAUCAUAUUUGCAGAUGUGGAUUUCCGCGAAUGUAUCCGUGGUCGAUUGGACUUGGAUACAGCGGGCAGCUAUUCGCGCAACGACUCGUUCAAGUUCUCUGUUGCAGGUCUGGACCUGGAACCUCUCCCAUAUUAA